CUGGAGGCUGGAUUUCCUUCAUAUGCAGAGUUUCCAAUCAGUGAAAAUGUGCUGGGACUUGUCUUCAAUCAAGGAAUGAUAUGGAUGGGAGCAUUUUAUGCUCCAGGUUUGAUGGGUUUGAACAUUUUGCGUCUUCUGACCUCGAUGUACUUCCAGUCCUGGCUUGCAAUGGCCAGCAAUGUUCCUCAAGAGCGAAUUUUCAAGGUCUCACGGUCCAACAACUUCUACAUGGCCUUACUGCUGCUUAUGCUGUUCCUUAGCUUGUUUCCUGUUGUCUACUCAAUCAUGACCUUAACCCCAUCCUUCGACUGUGGGCCAUUCAGUGGUAGGCAGAAUAUGUAUGACGUGGUGAUGGAGACUAUAGAUCAGGAGCUACCACCCUUCAUAAAAAACAUUUUCUCAUAUGCCACCAACCCUGGACUCAUUAUGUGUCUUGUGCUCCUCAUGGGGUUGGCCAUCUACUACCUGAACACAGUGUCAAAAGGGCACCAACAAGCACACGCAAACCUUAAAAAGAAGAUGCAAAUG